UCAUGCCGCCGGAACUGCAAUUUACUGCUACAUACGGCAAAACAGAGGGGGAGUAGCUUGCUAGUUGAGAAUAUUUUUUAAUCAGUUACCUUAGCUAAUUUUCGCUCCAGAAUGGCCCUGGAAACGGUACCCAAGGACCUUCGGCAUUUACGAGCUUGUCUCUUGUGCUCCCUCGUUAAGACCAUUGAUCAGUUUGAAUAUGAUGGCUGCGACAACUGUGAAUCCUACCUCCAGAUGAAAGGAAAUAGGGAGAUGGUGUACGAGUGCACGAGUUCUUCUUUUGACGGGGUCAUAGCAAUGAUGAGCCCGGAGGACAGCUGGGUGGCCAAAUGGCAAAGAAUCAGCAACUUUAAGCCUGGAGUCUAUGCUGUAACAGUGACAGGACGGCUACCUCCAGGCGUCGUGAGGGAGCUGAAGAGCAGGGGAGUGAUCUACAAGUCGAGAGACACAGCUGUGAAGACAUAAGCGCAUCGCCGCCCGCCCGUCACUCAAGAAGCCUUUCACUUCCCGGCGCACAUCUUUGAAACGGCAUUCCUGUGAAAACCGCUCCGUUUUUGGGACUCUCGCCGACGAUAAAUCAUUUGUUCUAUUUUGUAAUGCAUAUUUUCAGAAUCAGUGAUAUCUGUAGAACAGUCUGUUGUUUUUGUUUCAAGUAGAGUAAAGAUUUGUUAAAUAAGGAUAUUGGAGGACUAUUGUCUUCAUUGGGAAUAUGUAUGUUGUAUUUUGGGGUAAAUAAAAGCACACUUUUUUUCUUUUUUUUGAGGAAUAGGCUUUUUCUAAAAUUCCCCAGAAUGAUAAGGUGUAAUUGACAUCUUAAUAAACGGUAUGAAUUGCUUUUAUGAAAA